CUGGCGUUGGCGCGGUGCUCGGUCGUUCGGUGCGCGAGCCGAGCCAUCAGUCGGGUUCAGUGGCUCCGCAGCAGCCGUCGCAUCCGCCUGUACCAGCCCUUUUCGCCUCUCUAAGCAGCCCUUGGCAACCCUCGCGGCGCCGCUCCGUCCCUUCGCCGCCACUUUAAGUUUCCUCCGGUUGAUCGUUAAAACCGGCAGCAGCAAUGGGCAAAGGCAUCUUCACGACGAUUUCAGAGAAGCUAACAUGCCUGCAGGUGUUGAACUUCAUGGUGCUGACGGGCUUCAUGUUCAACUACAUGUUGCGCGUCAACCUGACCAUCGCGAUCGUGGCCAUGGUGGAGCCGACCAACAAGACGAUGACAAUCGACAACGACACCAACACGGCCCACUACCACGAGUACGAGUGCUACAAGCCACCGGCAGUGUCUAUCAUUCCUGAAGACAAUGCAACCUCCGACGCCACCAUGAAGCCGCCCGUGGCUGAGCUCGAGCAGACGCGGUUCAACUGGGACGAGCCGACGCAGAACCUGAUCCUUGGCUGCUUCUUCUGGGGCUACGUGCUGACCGAGUUGCCGGGCGGGCGAAUGGCCGAGGUGUUCGGCGCCCGCAGGAUCUUUGGCUACUCGAUGCUGAUCGCGUCCAUCAUGACCCUGGCGACGCCACUCGCCGCCAACAUCAGCCACUACGCCGUCGUCGCGCUGCGCGUCGUCAUUGGCUUCACCCUCGGUGCGACCUGGCCAGCCAUCCAGCCCAUGGCUUCCAAGUGGAUUCCGCCCAUGGACCGCAGCAAGUUCAUCGCCAACAUGAUGGCUUCUUCGCUGGGUGCUGCGCUAACGAUGCCAAUGUGCGGCUACCUGAUCGCCCACCUCGGGUGGGAGUCUGUGUUCUACGUCACCGGCACUAUUUCCAUCGUCUGGAGCAUCCUCUGGUUCCUUCUGGUCUUCGACUCGCCCGCCGAGCACCCCAGGAUCGCUGACGAGGAACGCAGGUUCAUUGAGAACGCCAUUGGAACCGGAACUGCCAAGGGAAAGCCUCCAAGUGUGCCAUGGGGCAAGAUGCUGACCUCUCUGCCCGUGUGGGCCAUCAUCAUCACUCACGCUGCCAGCGUGUUCGGCUACUUCACCGUCGUCAACCAGCUGCCUACCUACAUGAAAAAUAUUCUCGGCUUCAACAUCAAGGAGAACGGUUUGCUGUCCAGCUUGCCCUACUUUGGAAAGUACUUCUUCGCCAUCACCACCAGCUACAUCGCUGACUACCUCCGCAAAUCGGGAACACUCAGCACCACCGCCGCCAGGAAACUCUUCACAGGAUUUGCCGUGGGUGUGCCAGGUCUGUUCAUGAUGUCGCUGGUGUUCUUCGGCUGCGACCGCUUCUGGUCCGUCUUCUUCUUCACGGCGGCGCUGACCAUCAACGGCGCCGUCACCGCUGGCUACCUUGGCAACGGCCUCGACAUCGCACCUAAUUUCUCUGGCACCAUCUUCGGCCUGGCUAACACCCUGUCCUCCUCUGGUGGCUACAUCUCCACCUUCAUGGUCGGCGUUUUCACCAAUAACAACCAAACAUUCAACCAGUGGAGCAAGGUGUUUGGCGUGCUGGCCGGCACGUACACGACAGGCGCGCUGAUGUUCCUGAUCUUCGGCUCUGGCGAUAUGCAGGAGUGGAAUAACCCGAAGAAGGAGACCAAGGAGGACCCCGAGGCGCAGCAGGAGAUGCUGCCCGUGCGCACCAAGCACUGAGCGAGCCCCGAGGAGUCGUUGGCUCGGCCCGGCCCGGCCGCCUCCGCACGCAGCAGCCAGAGAGAAGCAUUUCAUCGACGCCCUGUUUGCUUCCUAUAUACCCACGCCGUAAAUCACAACAAAAAAUAUUAUUCGAAUGCGAAUUCAAAUCUGUUCCAUAUUAGUGAGAGAGAAAGAGCACCGAAACAAUUAUGAGAUACAUAUUCGUGUCAAUUGCCGCAAAUUAAUUAUUCUAUCUAUACAACUCAAAGUACAUAAUGAAAAGUGUCUUAAAUGUCAAAUUCCAUGCUUUUUUUGUGCCAUUUUUCAGCCGUUUUCACUCUUAAGAGCACAAAAGCGAGUUUUCGAGCUGCUUUUGCUGAAUCAUUUUCAACAUGGGUUGUGAGAGUGAGUGCAGAACUAGAACGAAUGAGAGAGAGAGAGAGAGCAUAUAUAUAUUUUGUAGUCCGUAAGUGUAUAACUGUUUUCUGCCGACUCUUCAGUGGCAGCAGGUCCGUGUCAAUCUUGGCAGCAAUAAUAUUCAGGUUUAGAAAACUAGUGAGUGUGUGUCAGUGACGCAGAAUUUUAAGCAAAGUGUUGAGAUAGAGAAUUAAGAAAAGUGUCGGUAGGACGUUUGUUACCAAAAUUAGACACUGUAUUUUGAACCGGCUGGCGGGAAGCGCCAAAGUGAGAAAUUAUCAAUUAUUGUAAUACAUACACGCUUCCACCGCGAAUUUCAUAUACAAUUUAAAUCCUUUUGCUUUUUACUCUUUAAGCGACGACGAUAUGUAUUCUGUUAUAUACGUAAAAUCUUCGUUUUGUAGCAGCUGUGAAAUAAAAUUAAAUAAAAACUUGAAAUUUUA